AACAGGUUGACUGCCCAUGUAUAAAUAAAAAAAAUUGCCCCAUAUGCCAAGCACAUAUUAAUAUUAAACAUGCCUUUCUGAAAUAAUUACUCUUUAUUUAAAUAAAAAAAAAUUCAGAAUAAUGAAAAUUUUUCAAAAAAACCGUUAGCGGGCGUAUGCGCCCGCCCGGGCACAGGCGGCAUAUUUAUGCCCGUGGUGCCAGCGGGCGUCGUACUGGCGGUCGCUUAUUCGAGUCUGAACUUGUCAAGCAGAGAAGUGCCACAGUGCCAGACCAGACUACUCAGUAUAUCUUUGACUGUUGUUUGAUGUAUGUGUUGUGUAACAAUGAGUAAACGAAGCAGAAAAAUUGUUGAACUUGCUUUGAGAGAUGCUGAAAUGUCAGGUGACGAAUCUGACCCCUUUAGUUCACUUGAUUCCGAUCUUGAUCCCAUGUUUUUGCCAACCAGUGAUGAAGAAAUAUUAUCCAGUUCAGAUUUCUCAGACAUAGAAGCAUCUUCAGACAUGUUUUCUCAGAAAAUAACAUUGUCCAAACCCAAGUCAAAUAUUAAACGCAAAUUGCAAUCAUCCAAAAUCACUUCAAAGAAAUUGUGUACGAGGAAUGUUUUGGAACAACCAAGCUGUUCUACAUCACUCUUGCCCGAUGAUGCCUCUGAGGAGGAAGAAGAAGUUGCUGAUGCUACAGCCAGAAUUCCAUUUACAGCAACAGACGACAAUAUGUUAUCUAAAAAUUUGGAAAGGGAACAGAACAAUAUUUCAUCUGAACAAUUGGAAGAAUUUUUUGAUGUUGAAACUUUAGCUCAAACUCAAUUAGCAGAUACUGACGAUAUCCAGGAAAAUGAGGUUGGAGCAAAUCAAAAUGUUCUAGAACAUACGUGGACGCAGCCAAUUGGAAAUCAUCACGAAUUUGAAUACUCUGCGGAAGAUGGAUUAUGUGGCAAUUACGCUGCAAUCCUUAUAAAUGAUUUAUCGCCUUAUAAGUGUUUUCGUACUUUCGUUGAUGAUGAAAUAAUUGACGAGAUUGUAAAUCAAACAAACUUAUAUGCUACUCAAAUAUUGUGUGAUUCCAACGAUAUUACCAAUGAUUCAAGACUACAGAGAUGGGUUCCAACCGAUAAAAAAGAAAUGAUUAGAUUUCUUGGUAUAGUUGCUUACAUGGGUCUGGUAAAAAUGCCUUCUUUGGAAAAGUAUUGGAGCAACGACGACCUAUAUAAAAAUGUUAUUAUACCAAAAACUAUGUCCCGAAAUAGAUUUCAGCUGCUUCUUAGAAUGUGGCACUUUUCGGAUAAUGAAAGAUGUCCAGAAGGAGAUCGUUUAUUCAAGGUGCAGUCAUUACUAGAAAAACUUAUCAAAAAUUUUCAAAAAGUUUAUACUCCAGGUCGUACAUUUUGUGUAGAUGAGUCUAUCGUUCCAUUUCAAGGAAGAUUGAUAUUCAAACAAUAUAUUCCCCAGAAAACGCACAAAUACGGAGUAAAACUUUUUAAAUUAUGCGGUGGCAAUGGAUAUACAUGGAAUCUACGCAUAUAUGCUGGAAAGGAAACAAGGGAGGGCAACGCUUCUGUACCAACUAACAUUGUCAUUAAUCUCUCAAAGGACCUACUAAAUUCAGGACGAACUAUUAUUGCUGAUAACUAUUCUACAAGUCUUGAACUAACAAAUAUUUUGUUGGAAAAUAAAACACAUUAUAUUGGUACAUUGAGAGCUAACCGGCGUGGAAAUCCGAAAGAUGUCAUACUCAAAAAGUUAAAAAGAGGGGAAGUAUUUGGACAGGAAAACGAAAAAGGUGUAUGCGUCUUGAAGUGGAAAGAUAAGAGGGAUGUUCUUCUUCUCACUACUAAGCACACUACAGAAACCGUAGCCAUACAGCGACGCAGUGGUGUGGUUCAUAAACCGAAGUGGUAUCGAAAUAAAGUGGUAUCGAAAACUAGCGAUAGAAUUCAUUCUGGGGACAGCGGUUGUAAAUUCUCACAUAAUAUACAACCAACUUGCUAACAAAAAAGUAAAAAUUACAGAGUUUCGGGAAGAAUUAGUGAGAUCCCUGCUAACUUAUGAUGAGAUAAAUGAUGAUGAAAGUGAAACAACACAAUCGACGUCAAUGAAAUCAGCACAAAUUCAUAAGCUACUUAAAAAAGAAGGGCCUUUUAAUAAAGCCAGAAGAUAUUGUAGAGGCUGUUAUGCAAAAAAACUUCGUGGAGAAAUAUCCAAAAAUCGUGUAAAAAAAGUUGUGACCUAUUGCGAUAUUUGCGAGGACAAGCCUCACUUUUGUUUGGAUUGUUAUAAUAUACAUUCAAAGUAGUUAUAUUAAUUUGUUCAUAGUAUAAUGUAGCCUUUUUUCUUGUGUGUAGUAGAUUUA